AUGUCUUCGAAUUUGUUUUUGUUUCCAAACCUAAGGAAUUCGACUGUCUCAAUUAACAUUGCCAAGCAUUAUCAUCGUCUUCUCUUCUUACCACCAAUCCACUGCAAUCUUCCACCUUGUCAAAAACCCUUUCCUUCCCACAAUUUCUCACCUCCCAAUCAUAAAAAUCGAAUUUUUCAUCCACGCCCGCUACCGCCGUUCUUUGUAGCAGUCGGAGAUACAUCGUCGUCGUCUAAUGAGGAAGAAGAAGAAGAAGCAGAGGCGAGAGAGGCCGUGUCGGAGCUUCUUCAAGAUUAUGGAGUUUCGAAGGAGGAAUCCAUUAAAAUAGCUUCGAAUUCUCCCAAGUACUUGGCGAUGGUCAUCGAUGGCGUUCGCGACUUGGACGAGCUCUCCUUGUGGAAUUCUUGGAGCGGUGAAAAAGGUGGCGUAGAGAGUUCACCUUCGUUCAAAAAGAAGGUCUAUCGAAUGGCGAAGCAGAAAGGCGAUAAGGGGUUGCUUCCUUUCUUCGAAAGUCUCGGCCUCAGGCUGUCUUCUGCCUUACGUGUUGCCCGUUAUCUCUCUUCCCAGACACUUCCCGACCUCAUUCACAAGGUUAAGUAUGUGAAGGAAAUAUUCUUUUCUGACAGUAAUGAAGGACGUAUUGGGAAAAAUGCUCGCCGUAUGAUGAUGCAUCUCUCUAUUCCUGUGGAUGAGGAUGUCCAACAAACCUUGUCAUUUUUUGAGAAGAUGCAAGCAAGGCGUGGAGGUCUAGACUCGUUGGGUUCCAAUGAUGCCUCUUUUUGCUGUCUCAUCGAAUCAUUUCCACGCCUUCUUUUGCUACCUGUAGAAUGCAGUAUGAAGCCCCUAGUGGGAUUUCUUGAAGAUAUUGGAGUCCCCAAAGGAGGCAUGAGAAAAAUUCUUCUAUUAUUUCCACCCAUUAUUUUCUAUGACGUUGAGAAGGAUAUUAAAUCAAGAAUGAAGACUUUUCAGAAAUUCGGUGCAGGGGACAAAGAUUUUGGCCGGAUGUUGGUUAAGUAUCCAUGGAUUCUGUCUACCAGCAUUCAAGAUAACUGUGAGGAAAUCCAUUCUUUCUUUGAUAUGGAGAAGGUUCCAGAAGUCAGUGUUCACCAAUCUGUCAAAAGCUGGCCACAUCUUUUGGGUUGUUCAAUUGGCAAGCUGAGGCUGAUGGUUAAUCAGUUUGGUGAAUUAGGUGUCAGAGACAAGAGGUUGGGCCAGGUCAUUGCCAAGAGUCCUCAGCUACUACAACAGAAACCUCAGGAAUUUUUGCAGGUGGUAUAUUUUCUGGAAGAUUUGGGACUUGAUGAGGAAACCAUCAGUAGGAUGCUUGGUCGCUGUCCUGAAAUUUUUGGUACAAGCGUUGAGAAAACCCUCAAGAAAAAGAUCGAGUUCCUUAGGGGCAUUGGUGUCUCUGAAGAACAUCUUCCUCGGGUCAUCAGAAAAUAUCCAGAGCUUUUUGUAUGUGACAUCAACAAAACUUUACUUCCUCGAAUGUUAUUCUUGAUGAAGAUUGGCCUUUCAAAAAGAGAUGUUGCGCUCAUGGUUCACUGUUUUUCACCAUUACUAGGCUACAGCAUCGAAGAGGUUUUGAGACCCAAAUUAGAAUUCCUAGUGAACACCAUGGAAAAGCCAUUGAUGGAUGUGGUGGACUACCCAAGGUACUUCAGCUACUCGUUGGAGAAUAAGAUAAAGCCCAGAUAUUGGGAGCUUAAGUGUAGGAAUUUCGAGUGUAGCUUGAAAGAUAUGCUGGGUAAGAAUGAUGAGGAGUUUGAUGCUGACUUUAAGGGUGUUUGAAAGAUUGCUUGACUUCCCUCCCAAAUGAAUGGUUGUGUUGGACUCCAU